AUGAAGUUUUCAGCAGUGAUAUUUGUAUCACUCAUAUAUUUCAUUCUAGCAAGCUGGCAACAAAGCUUAAAUAAUGGGACACUUGGCGGCUUUUUUACUUUGGAAGAAAUCAACAAUGAUCUUAAUAGGAUCUCAAGUCAAUUUUCAAACAUCGCGACUUUUGGGUCUGUAGGGAAAAGCGCUCUAGGAAUUGAUAUAAACUAUGUACAACUGAUAGGAGAUGGGCUUCCAACAGCAGACAAAGGUGGAGUCCUAAUUACAAGCUCUUUAUAUGCAGGAUACCCAGCAAACCCAUCAUUCGUAAUGUAUUUGCUUAAAGAUUUUGCGAAUUUAGCUUAAUUAGUUAUAUAUUCUAAUUUUAACGUCCAAUAUCACGUCACUUGGGGCAAAAUUCCUUGCAGACCACACGCAGUCUAUCACUUGGUCUUUUGAUCUGAAUAGUCCAUCGGCUUCUGCAUUAAUAUUUCGACAGCUAUCCUUCCAGCUCUCAGGCAACCCAACUUGCAUCCGCCAGGUACGCUAAAGGUUCCCCUGGCAUUGGUGGCACACUUCCAGAAAUUGAAUUCCUAAGGUAUGGAUGUCCAAGGUUGCGUACCCUUGGUAUAAAUGCACCAUCAUUGCCAGAAUAUAUUCACUGGGUGAACCAAAGCCUCAUAAUCUAAGGGAUUUUUCUGUUCUUAAGAGCAGAAUAUUCGAGUGGGGCCAUAUUUUAAUUAUGCAAAUAUUUUGCGAAUUUAUAUGCAUUUUACAAUCAAAAUCGGCUUAACUUUUUAAUAAAAAAAUAAAAAAAUUAAUUUAAUAAAAAAUAUAUACUCUGAAGAUUCCUAUGAGAGAAGCAUCCUUUUAACUACAAAUAUUUGGUUUGUCCCAGUAGUAAAUGUUGACGCAUAUAAUAUUAUGCAAGAGAGCUAUAAAGGAAGUAGCUUUCAAGUAAUCAAAAAAAAUUCAAAAGACACUGGAUGUGCAAAUUCGGCUGGUGAUGGAGUUAAUCUUGAUAGAAAUUGGGAUUUUAAAUGGGGACAUUCUGAUGAAGGGUCCUCAAGCGAUCCUUGCGAUGAAGAAUAUAGAGGAACUGCAGCAUUUUCUGAAGUAGAAUCCAAAAUUCUUAUUCUACCCAUUUAUUUUUGAGUAAAAAUAUUAGGAACCCCUAUUUAAGGAAAAUAGCACCUCUUAGCUAUAAAAAUUUUUUGGUAGCCUAUAUUUUAAUAUAUAUUUAAUAUUAUAAUCGUAAAAUCUUAGCAAAUGGUUUUAGGCAUUUCGCCAUCAAAAAAAUAAAUUUUAUAAAUUAAAUUAGAUUUUCACUCGAAUAUUCAAUAUUCAGUUUUUUAUUAGUCCUUUAGCAAGGAAAAUAUUUCAUCAUUAUCAAGGAAGAGUUAGGGAUUUUUUAAUCGGAAAAAACAUAACGACUUGGCUUCACUAUGAAGGAGAAGGGGAUUUAUGCUAUUUUAAAUUGAUUUCUAUAUAUUUUAUUAUUAAUAAAAUUAAAAAAAUAUCAUUACAUCCCAGCAAAGCAUAUACAUUUUGCCUUAUACUUCCAUGAAUAUCACAGAAAUAACAACUCCUGACCCUAUGUUCAAAGGUGUAUACGCAAACUUAACAGCCCAAAUGCAAAAAUUAAAUAUUAUUUAUGGCCUCAGCAAACAAAUUAACGGUAAAUAUGAAGACGGAACAGUCAUUGACUAUGCUUUAUCUAGAGGCAUUUUUUCAUUCCAGGGACAAGUAGGUAGCGACUCUAAAAACAUUACAGGAGACAUAAUUUCUUAUUUCAAGCCUCAUUUUGAAAUUGCUUUAUGGAACAUUUUUGGGGCAUCAUUUUAUAUAGAAGCCCACUUCUAUGAUGAGCUUUAUAAGUGUAGGGACUGGCCUGGGUAUUGUUUACAUAAUGAAUCUGCAGUGUUUUUCUAUGGAGAAAUGGUGAUGAAUAACUAUGGAUUUACAGCUGCCAAACAUAUGCUGCUAAACGUCACUUUUGACUAUGAAGAGUCAUAUGGAUAUCGCUUUUCGUUGCAAAACACAUCAUCUUAUAUAAUAACUUCAAUUGUGACUGGGAAAAAUGUCACUGACUAUGUGCCAAUUUUAUUUGAUGAAAUAUAUUCAGAAAAAAGACUGAUCUGGGGCGUGGUCAGUCUUGACAUCCCAGCUAUGUCUGCGAUGUAUUUUGGUUUUGUGCUGGAAAGUCCAAUGCAGAAAAAAGAACAUCAUUUCAGAGUGGACUGGAAUGUGACUCUAGAUAUACGUUAAAUUAGUGAAUAAGUCUAUAGGAGAUUAAUAUAAUUUUCAGAUUUUAUAUUUAACAUGAUAGAGAAUAAUAUUUAUUUGCCUAAAAGUGAAUCAAUUGUAAUUGAAACGUCUGAUCACGUUCAAAUGAGCUAUGCUGAUAAUGGUGGAGGUAGCUCAGGUUUAAGCCAAGGAGCCAUAGCAGGGCUUGUGAUUGGACUUUUAGUAGCUAUCUUGAUUAUUAUUGGGCUGGUAUGGUACUUAUGCAGAAGGAGAAGAUUUGAAGAGAGUCUUAUAAAGCAAGCUUAUCAGCAUGCACCAAAGGACUCAAAGCAACUUAAAGGAUUUUCAUCUGGAGAUCUUCAGUUUAACACAGAAGAUUAUGCCACCCCAAGAGUUUAA